AUGGCAGAACAGCAGGAGAACCGCACCCCGACCAUUGUCGCUACUGUGACAGCACUAUGGGUAUUGUCGUACAUUGCAGUCGGAGCACGCUUUUGGGGCCGGUUUGUUGGAGACAGCAAGUUGUGGUGGGACGACUGGCUUAUCCUUCUCGCCGCGGUAAUGCUCGUUCCGGCUCUGACAGCAGACUUGAUUGAAUGUCAUCUCGGCGCUGGAAAACACGUGCAAGCCGUGGUCCAGGACCAUCCAGGGAAUAUCGUCCACUUUCUUAAGGCCAUCUACGCCGGAGAAAUUUUCUAUCCACCCAUUAUCGUCUGCAUCAAGUGUAGCAUCCUUACCCUCUACUAUCGACUCUUCGGCAUUAGAAAGGGGAUCGCUCGCGUUUGCCACGUCCUCCUGGGCAUGACGGUGGCAUGGGGCAUCGCAACUUUACUCCCUGCGGGUUUUCAGUGCAAGCCUGUCCACGUGGCGUGGGAUCCAACGAGCACUAGAAAUGAAUGUUUCAAGCUGAGGCCGUACUUAGUAGGCACGAACGUCGCCAACGUUCUUCUCGAUUGUGCGAUCUUAGUGACGCCCUUAUAUCCAGUUUGGCAGUUGCAGCUGCCGAGAGCAAAGAAGGUUUUGAUCAGCGGCAUUUUUGUGCUAGGUGCUUGCGAAACCGCGUUUAGUAUCGUCCGCCUCGUAGAGCUUACCAGUCUUGACAUCUCCGAUGUGACCUGGGACUACCUGCCCCCAAUCAUCUGGUCAACGGUCGAAAUUUGCGUCGGAAUGUUCUGUGCUUGUCUCCCGGUGAUGGCGCCUUUGGUCCCGAAAUUCAUGCGAGGGCGAUCUGGCCCCAAGGAACCUUAUGAUUACUCAAGCUUCGGACCAACGAACACAGCAAGGGUGACGAAUGGUUUUGCGAAGCAAGAAUUUGAUAGGCUCGAAGAUGAUACCGCAGGUUUAGUUCUGGGUAGAGAUCAUCAGUUGAGUAUCAGGCAGACUACCAACAUAGACGUACAUGAGGAAGGUAGCAUAGCCUUACAUACAAUGGCUUGA